AUGAAGCUGUGUUUCGUGACAGUGGGGGCCACGGCUUCCUUCGAAGCAUUACUUGAACAGGUGCUUACUUCGGAAUUUCUGGAAACCCUGGCAGAUCGUGACUACACACAUCUUCUUCUUCAAUACGGCAAGGAUGGCGAGAAGAUUUACAACAAUUUUCUACAAAGUGGGGUGUCCCAUCAUGGGCUCACUCUCGGAGGAUUCGACUUCAAGCCCAGUAUAGAACCAGAAAUGGUUAUGACGACCGAAAGAGAAAAGCCACAGCAAGAACGUGGAUUGGUCAUCUGUCAUGCCGGAAGUGGAACCGUCCUAGCAGGCCUUCGCCUCGGUGUUCCCUUGAUUGUGGUACCCAACACCGAAUUGGCAGACAAUCAUCAGCAGGAGCUUGCGGAUAUUUUGGAACAAGAUAAUUACGCGGUCAGCAGCACUGUCCAGGACUUGCCAAAGGCCAUUGCCCAAGCGGAACUUCAGAAGUCUGAGGUAUCUUCCAUGCGAUCUGGAAAAAACACCCUCUCUCAGAACAUGUCUGACGAAAUGGGCUUUUUGGAUUAA